AUGGCCAGCGAUAAUCUGGAGAUUCCUCAAGCUGGCCUGGUAUUGUCUUAUGAGGCCCUCUGGAAAUUAAAGUUGGCCACCUGCAGCCCAACUAAACUAUCCUUUCCUUUCCGCAGUGUCAUCGGGUCCAGCUUUAUGAUUGGCUAUGCCAUCUUCCAGAACACAGCCCGGUCCCCCGAGGGCCGCCCCCUCUUCUACCUGAGUCUCUCGGAUCUCUUGCUGGCGGUCUGCUGGCUUGCUGGGGCCCUCCUUUAUAGCCAAGAAGCUACGGAGCCGAACCACUGGGAAGCCGCGUGCUACAACCUGCAAACUACAGGACAGAUCUUCUACAUGGCCUCCUUCCUCUACACCAUCAAUUACACCUGGCACCUUUACACUGAUCUGAAGGCGAAAUACAACCAGAACCUUCACAGCCAGUCCCUGCAGAUUUUCAGCUAUACGAAUCGCAUGGGCCGGGUAGCCAUCAUUUUGUCUGGCAUCAUCCCUUUCCUGAUCAUGCUCCCUGUGCUGGGAAUUGGCAACUAUGAUGAAUGCUACCAGAAUUUUACCAUGAAACAUGGGUGUCUCCUCAUGCAUACCGAGCUCGGCAGCCCCCAGCGGCCCCCCUGUUCUACUUUGUAUUUCUACAGCAUUGGUGUCUUCCUUGUUUCGUAUGCAACCAGCUUCCUCGUGAUCUUGGUCCUACUCAUUCGAGCUAGAGCCUUGUACAAGAGGUUUGUGAGUGCGACAGGUUAUGUUGGCGACCAGCAGUGGGCCAUGAUCAAGAUGGUGGAACAAGGUGUGAUCUUGUACCCGGUAGUGUUCUUCUGCUGUUGGGGCCCAGCCUUUAUCCUUGGAGUCGUCAAAGUGACAUCUGUGAAUAACAUCAGCCUGUACAUGGUGCUUUGGGUUUUGGAGGCCCUGACGGCAUCUUCCCAGGGUCUCCUGAACUGCGCAGUUUACGGCUGGACCCAGCACAUGUUCCGCUGCAUGAAGCGCAAGGCCUGCCGCGAUGUUGACACGCAGACGCCGCUCUUGCGCUCCCAGAAGAGGUUCUAUGCCAGCACGCUCCCAGCCGAGCCCCAGGGGGGCGCCAAGGCGGCCUCCACCGUCUUAUGAGCAGGAAGCCCAACAAGCCUCUCCAAGCUGACCGGUGUGAGUCUGUUCUCUCACUACUCAUCCUGCCCGGAAGGAGGCCACAGCCAUGCAGGUCCUGCACAAUGGGCCUUGCUUUGCGCUGUGGGAGGGACGAGAGGACUUCUUUGAUCCCUUCCAGCUUCAUUGUUGCAGGAAGGACUCGUUUCAUCCUGUAUAUUUGCACAAUGCACCUUGAAAGGAUAGGUGAAACCUGCACUACUCAAGCCCGAGGAAGGUAUAAACUCUUCCUCCCUCCCUCUCUGUUUCACUGACACAUCUUAUUUAUUAAAUGGAUAAGGAAUCAGCGGAGGCAAGGAAAAAUGAACACACUCUCUAGCCUAGCGUGUUUUCCAGGAACUGGGACAAACUGGUUGUGAUGUUGUUGAAGGAUUGUAUGGAACGUCUCCAAUAUGCUGAAACAGGCCCAGGAGAGUAUUCUUUUUGUUUUUUUCUUGCUUUACAGUAAAAGAAAAGAGAAAUGCGCACAA